UUUCCGCUCGGUAAACCGUUCAAGACGGAGGACUCAACCCUUCUAGUGAUGAUUAUGCUACUGAUAUCUUCUUUUGUGCUUACAGGCAGCAUAGUGUAAGGCAUGUCAUGCUGGCAUGUCCCGGCAUCAUUCGGGAUGCCUCUUGACGAGAUCGGGCUUGUUGACGGUCUUCGUCCAAUCUUCGGAUCGGAAUACAGUCGUUCAAACUCUUGUCGCCAAUGUGCAUCACCUGAUCAACAUCAAUUGGCCGAAGCGACGACCUCAAACAUGGCGGUCAGGUUGAAUGACUAUCCUGGCCAAAUGGAUCGAGUGAGCCGGGCGGACUGCGGGCGUAGAGUUUGCUGCACUGAGCAAUGCCUCUAGAUCAACGCCGGCAU